UAGACGUGUAAGGCUCUCGGUCACCUACAUUCGAGUGUCAUCUGCCGUGAUUCGAUAGCAUUCUGUUCGACGCACGAGGGCACGUUAAGUUCAGUACAUAUCUCCAUUUUCUCUCGUUGUCUAUGAUGCUGACUUGUGAUGAAAAGACGAUCUCGGUUCUUGUGCCAAGGCUCACCGAUCAAAAGUCGAAGCUGGCAAGCACGGUGGGUACCUCCUACUGGAUUGCAUGGGAAGUCAUCAAGCAGAAGUGGUAUGAAGCCAAGGUUGACAUCUGGUCGCUGAGGACCAUGGCUAUUGAAUUGAUCGAGCAUGAACCACUUUACCUUGGCGAGGAGCCACCGAAGGCCUUGUAUUCGAUCGCGACCAAUGGAAUGCCUGUACUCAAGGCCCCGAGUCGAGAGUUGAAGAGCUUCUUGAGUGUGUGUCUAUGCGUCGAUGUGAAGAGCAGGGCGACUGCGGCAGAGCUCUUGGAUCACGAUUUUUUGAAGAAGGCUUGCGCGCUUUCUGGUCUCGCACCCCUUCUCCGGUUCAAGACCAAGCAAUGCUCAUAAUCGCAUUCGGGAUUGACCCGUGAACUUUACUUUCAUUCGUUUCUGGGACGCUCUGGUUGUCUAUACGUCUUCACCCUGCUAAUGAUUCACAUUCCAAUGUCACAUUUCUGCUUACACUGUCCUUUCGUUCCCUUGUUCACUAUUCUACCUUGUCUCCAUGUCGAAUUCACCAUACCUCCAGUAGUCGGUCAUUCCUCCACCGUUUAUUUUCUCUUCACCACCAUCUAUCAUAUAGCAUGCACAAAUCAGCAAGCUGCCAUACCCCUUUUCCUUUUGUCUCCAUGAUUUCUCUUUCUUCCCUUGUUUCUUGUCUGUCUAGGCCUCUCUUCAUGUCUUGGAAAAAUGUAGUGUACUUGUGAAGUUUGCUAGACGAAGGAUACGAAGGAUUCUGUUUACUGUAUAUGAGCCUGGUAUCUCUCAGUCUAUCUAUUCUAU